AUGUUCCGCACCAAGGAUGACAGGCAGACAUCUUGGGCCCAAAACCAGGGUAAUUUAGGCUCAGACUCCGAAGAGAGUGAGCACGAGAGCACCCACACAACCCCCCUCACUAAAGAGGACCUAAGGAAAAUGCUGAAAGAAACCUCUGCAGACAUAAAGGACUAUACCACAGCAGCCCUUGAAAAGCAAAUAGCAGGCCUCAAAGGAGACAUCGAAGCAUUGGCCUCACGCACCGGAGAAGCGGAAUGCACACUAAAAGACACACAAACACAAGUGACAAGUCACGGCAGAGAAAUGGGGAUGCUAAAAGACAGAAUUCUAUUCCUGGAAGACGGCCUGGAAGAUUUAAACAACAGAUCCCGAAGACAAAAUAUACUCAUAGGAGGCCUAGCGGAAUCAGUCUUACCGGAGGCUAUACUCCCCACUAUUAAAGCGGUGUUCCACUCCCUGCUACUGGACACCUCAGAGCAAGAAAUUUAUAUCGAACAAGCUCACAGAGCACUGAGACCCCCGUCCCCCAACUCAAACACACCAAGGGACGUCAUCGUUAAGAUCUUACACUUCCCGGUGAAAGAACAGCUCAUGAAAGUGGGACGAGAUCACCCCCCGGUAUACCAGGGACAACAGCUGCAAUUUUACCAGGACCUGGCCCCAUCAACGCUACGAAAGCGCCGGGAUCUCAAACCCCUCACCACAGCCCUGCUGGAAACUGGCUUGCGGUACACGUGGGGAUCAAACCUACUCCCUCCACCAAGUGGGGAUCAAACCUACUCCCUCCACCAAGUCUCAGACAUGCAGGACUUCGCCACACACCUGGGGAUACAACUACGAUACCCUGCGGUGGACUCUCACCUCACCUUGAAUGACAACACAAGCCGAAGGAGUGAUUCCCGCGCAAACAUGGCGCGCCCGCAACCCAAGAGAAGGCCACUGAACGCUUCGCAAGAGCACACACAGAGGGACACUUGA